AAACCCUAGCUCCACUCUCCCUUCCAGGCACAGGCAGCAUCCCCUCCCCGUCCGCUGCGCGAGAGCGACUGCGCCGGCGCCGGCGCCGGCGCCGCCUCCAAGUCGAUCUCCCUCGGCCUCGACUACCGUCUCCUCGCGAGUUCACCCGCCACCUGCGCCGGUCUCCACCUAUCCUGCUGUUUCCGGAUUUAAUAUUAAGGAAAGGGCGAUCAUGAGCCUCCAUCGAUUUGUGAAUCUACUAAUGGAGAACGGUGAGAAGGGUGUCUACUCACUGCGUCGUCUCAACCUGUCUCGACACCCAUUGUUCUACUCAUCAACAGAGGUGUCAGCUGUCCAAGAUCUGCCAGCGCUAGGAGAAGAAGGAUAUGUAUAUUACCCGUUCAAGGGUUAUGGCGAGAGUAGCAAACAGGCUUUUGAGGUGGAGAGCAUUCGGCUUCCAUCACCAACUGUCAGCUUGCUACCGACUCCAUCCUCAACUGAUAAAAUGUGCAAGUUUGAUUGUUUCUCUGUCUCGGAGAGCAAGAUCAUAUGCACAGACCAGGCUGCACGCACCUUCCUCUAUGACCUUGAUGAGCAUUGCGUCACAAGCAUGCCCAGCCUCCAUGCUCCGAAGUAUUCCCCCUUCUCAGUCUCGGUUGCAAUCCAAGGCGAAAAAGGAGAAGGGGAAAGCAGCAGCAGCAGCAGCCGCCGCCUCUAUGUCAUGGAGGAAGUCCUCUUGCCAGAGAGGGGCACGGGGAGUAGCUACCAGUUCGAGGCCUUUGACUAUCGCAAGCCAGGACCAGAAUAUUUGGUUAAGGCUUGGCACUGUGAUCCACUGCCGCCACCGCCUUUUGUCCGUGACCCUCGCUACGUUCCCUCUCCAGUGAGUUCCUAUGCAGUGGUGGGAAAUUUCAUCUGCAUAUCCACUAAGGGGAUUGGGACGUACUGCUUUGACACGGUGAGCUGCAGCUGGAGUCAUGCCGGUGACUGGAUGCUGCCAUUCUGCGGCAAGGGUGAGUAUGUCCCUGAGCUCAAGCUUUGGUUUGGUGUGUCCGCCAAGAACAACUAUGCCCCAUGUGCUUCCGAUCUCUCACCUGUUGUCAGAGCUGAGCCACCAAAACCUGGCUGCAUUUGGGAGGAUCUCAACCUUCCUGAGGAUUGGCGUCCGUGCAGGAUGUCUGACCUCGUCAAUCUUGGCUCAGGAAGGUUUUGCAUCAUUAGGUUCUUCCAACCAUCGGGUAACAGGGACUACAUGAAAGACCAAAUUGAUCAGACCAUUGCUGUCUUUAGUGGUGUGGAAGUGCUGCCUGAUGACAACAAGGCUGCGGGCAAUGGCAAAGGGAAAGGCAAACAGAAUGCCAAGGGGCUCCGUAUGAUCAAACACAAGUCCAGAAAAUGCACAUUCAUCGAACAAAUCAACAACGUCGAGUCGGUGCUCUAAAGCUUGGGUGAUUAGCUCUUGAAAUCUCCUGCCUUCUGCUACUGCUUUUAGUUGGCUGCAAUGGACUAGUGGAACUUGGCUAGGUGGUGUUCCUGCUGACUUUAAGGGCCUGUUUGGGGGAGCUGGAGAGAGCUGGAGAUUCUGAGAAGCUAGCUGGAGAUUCUGAGAAGCUGAGGAGGGUCUGUUUGGGGGAGCUUCUUUAGGUUUGUUGGCUGGUGAGCUGAGAGGCUGAAUUGUCUGAAAUACCCCUGAGGUAGAUGGUGGUCCUGAUCUCUUGUUAAUUAUUUGGUUGAUAGAUUACACCCUUCCAUAUAUAAUUUGUGUGCAUAUAAUUUUGUAAAUAUUCAUUUUUCAUAAUGAUAGGAAUAAAAAAAUGUGUUCAUUUUUAAGGCAAUGAGAAAGGUUAAAUUAAUUAUCGCAA